AUGUAUGGCUCAGCAUUUAUUCGAUUGCUCAGCGAGGAUUAUAAACAGUCGGCAGAUUGUUUCCGCGAUGCAAAUCUUAUCCAAGAGAAGUGUACAAAGCUAAGAGAGUGCUGUCCAAAUUUCGAUAGUUGUCGUCAAGAGACAAUGGAUAUUAAUCUCGAGCAAGCCAUUAUAAGCAAGACGGCUCGGAUGAACGAAGCCAAGCAGAACUGUUUGAAAUCGAAGGCUCGUGAAGCGUUCAAAAACACGCUCAGAGGAAUUCUUGGUAAAGGAGGUCAAGAAGCGUUGAAAACGUUGAAACGAGAAGAACUGAUGCAUGAUCUGAAACGAGGUGCUCAAGUAUUGGCAAGGUUCAGGUGA